AUCGCCAAAUUUUACUAAACAAUGCACUUGCGCGUUGGUGAAACUGCACUUGAACAGAUUAGUUGAAUUGCACUUUCUGAAAUAUUUCCCACUUAGUUUUUUUUAUAUACUUCAAUCUAAAACUGUUUCUUGGAAUGAUAAUUUUACCCAAAACCAAAAUCACAAAGAGUGUGAGGUUGGUGGUCCCGCCGGCUACUGCAACUUGUGGCCAUCGCUCAUCUCACGCACACAUAUGCACACAUCUGUCAUUUGAAAAGCCGCACACAAUCGUGUGUUGUGCAAAAAACCGUUCGCGCACAAACAGUUCGCACAUGUUUGCAAGCCGUGCAGCAAAGGGUUUCUGAUGGUGAUCCGCAGUGUUUGGUCAGCUUUUUAAUGUGUUUUCGCUUAAUCGCUUUUGUUUGUGUAAUGUUUUGUCGGUAUAUUUUUUAUGCAUUGUUAUAAAUGAAAUGUAUAAUCCUGCGUUACUAGUGUAAAACAUUGCUAAUUCCCGAAAGCAAGAUGGAGGUGACGAAACAGAACGCUUCCGACAACAAGACCACGGAAGCAUUGUGGAAACUAAUACUCGCUCCAUACGGUUGGAACGAGCAAAUGAAUGAGGCUGCAAGAGAAUUUUUAAAAAAUUAUCCAGACUUCAUUCCGAUGUUAAUCGGUCAAUCGCCUUACAAAAUUGAUCUGAGGUCGCUUAUCAUGGAAGCCCGCGCGAACAAGUGGCACAAUACGACGUUAGAUGAAAUUCGUGAAGAUUUUGAAGCAAACGGGACUACCUGCGAGCUGGAGGAGGAAGUGUACCUGCAGCCAAAGCACGCGCCGGAAAUGGACGGAAGCGAACUGAUGGAAGCUGUGGAUGUUGCAGCAGAGCUGAAGAAUAUGGUGCUGCAGGACAUCUCUAAUCAACCGAAACAACAAUCAACAACCCGUCCACUACGAAAAUGCAGGAACAAAAGUACCUGCGAGCUGGAUCACUGUGUGUUCUGUUUCAACAAUAAGGCGGACCGGGAGGUAUACGAGAGCCAUCGAUGCAAGGAUGAGGCCGGCAACGUAACCUGUCCGGUGUUGCAAACAUUCGUAUGCAUGCGCUGCAAAGCAACCGGUACGAAAGCACACACCGCCAAAUAUUGUCCGUUGAAGCCGGUUAUCACGCCGGAGGAUUGUCUGGCAAUGGAGCUACGGCGGCAUAAGAUACACCGUAAGGGUGUAUGUACUGCGAGCGAGAUCAAUCUCUCGGUUGGUUCAAGCAGUGCCAUAGUUCAUAGUAAGAAGCGGCUAGUCCGUUUGUAGGACAGAGUCGUUCGUUCAUUCCUUUUUUAUUACUUUACAACACAUCCAAAGCUCUGUGAGCUUCAAGCAACAGGUAGUAGCUGACAUCGGAACUGGUGGGCAAGAAAGGCUUGCAGCAAAUACGUUUCUGGCUGCUCAGAGAAUGUCGAAGAUAUAUUUAUUUAGGAAAAGUGGAACUUUAUGCACUUUAUGAAUAAUUUUGCCAUCGAAUCAAAUAGCGUAAGUAGGUAGAGUGAAAAAUCGAUCUUAAAAGGAUGAUUUCCACGUUCGAACAUUACACAUUAACGAUGGUAUCCAUACAUACGAAUGCGGUUUAAAUUCAAUAUUUACCUUGAAGCAGAUGUUCGUAUCAUUUCCUCCUUAGCAUCUUUAUGUCUAUACUUCUUUUAAUGACAACAUUUAUCGAUUUUUUGAUACAACGAAUCAUUUUCUAUGAAUCAAUCAUUUGAUGCCUUGAUUAAAUAAAUUGCGAAAACAUAUUUAACAACAA